AUGUGGACAGGAAUUUGCACUAUCGUUCUUAUUGCUUCCAUCGUGCAAGCCAAGCCACGAACAGAUGUGACUGUUUCAGGCAUAUCUGCCGGUGGCUCAAUGGCCACUCAAUUACAUUUGGCUUUUUCGUCGGAAAUUAGUGGAUGUGGUGUCGUUGCCGGUCCACCCUACUACUGUGCCCAAGGUGCUAUGAUGACAGCCAUUGGUGCAUGUAUGAGAGGUCCAGCUACUUCAGUGUCUGCCAACACCCUUCAGAACAAAUUGAAGUCUUACGUCUCAUCUGGUAGUGCUGAUCCAAUCGCCAAUGUCAAAAAUGAUCCUGUCUAUAUCUUUACCGGUCAAAAAGAUGGAACAGUCAUUCCUGGUGUUGUCAAAGUGAACGAACAGAUCUAUUCAGCAUUGGGUGCUAAUAUCAAAACAAAGUACGAUCUAGCGGCUAAUCACGGUUUUCCAACAGAAAACUUUGGCGGAAAAUGUGACGUUCUCUAUUCAGCUAAUUACAUCAAUAACUGCAAUUUCAAUUUGGCUUAUGACAUGUUAAAUCACAUAUUUGGCGGUAGUCUUGUUCAACCACCAAGUGGCACAACAGUUCCACUCACUGGACAACUCAUCACAUUCGACCAAGCAGCUUUUAUGAAUCCGCAAGCUGUGGUUAGAUCUGAAUCUCGAGCUACAGACAUCUUUUCAUUAUGGUCAAGCUGGAUGCAAACAACCAUGGCUUUAUACAAUCCAUUGAAUUAUUUACCAUCGUUCGACUUGUCAUCAUUAACGUUGCCAAGUAUCAAUCUUCCUGGUACAGGCGGUGUGACUGGGGCAUCAUCCAAUGCUGCAUUCGGCUUUGACUCGCAAGGUUAUGUUUACUUCCCAGCAGCUUGUAGCAAAGGAAAGAAGUGUCCAAUUCACGUUGCUCUUCACGGCUGUAAACAAGGUAAAUCAUUCAUUGGUGAUGUCUUCGCUAAAAAGGCUGGUUACUUGGAAGUUGCUGAACUUAACGACAUCAUUGUUUUGUUCCCACAAAUUCUUCAAUCAACACUCAACCCUCAAAAUCCAAAUGGCUGCUUCGAUUGGUGGGGUUAUGGCUCUGCUAAUUAUGCUAACAAAUUGGGUCCACAAAUGGUUGGUGUUAAGAAAAUGAUUGAUACUGUUCGUAGUAUCAACACUGCUUCAGCUGCUAAAUGA